UCUGUUGUUGAGGCAUCAUGUCGACGGUGUAUGACCGGUUCAACAUCCACGCUCAGCUGGAGCACCUGCAGAUGAAGUACCAGGGCACCGGCAACGCUGACACCACCAAAUGGUCACACAUGAGACGACACAUGAGCAAGGAAAGUGAUGGCUUCGUCGUCGACUGGCUUCUGUGCGUUUUGUGUGCAGGGAGUGGACAACCAACAUCCAUCGCGACACUUUGGCGUCGCAUGUGGGUCACUAUUCGCGCCUCGCCUACCUUGCUGUCGCUGAGAACGAACCCAUUGCCAGGAUACGAUUCAGAUGCCUCCAGGUGGGCGUGUGUCCCUGAGAGCCAGAGAACGAAGCAGAGCUUACAUGAUGCGUUCACCCUGCUGCGUGCAUGCCUGUGCCCUCUGUGUGUGUGUGUGCUCGUUCAGGCCAUCCCGCGGCCGUGUGGUCCCCCGCCGCCCAAGACAGACGGAUAGAUUGUAUGAGUGGACCAGAUGAUCGAGAGACGUGUAGAAUGCAUUGUUAGUGUACAGUGGAACUCGUUGAUGCUUGGUGAAUUAACGUGUUGCAAAAUGUCCGCACGCAGCAGCAAGAUCGACAUGAAUGCACACAAGACCAUGCUUUGAUGGCUACGUCGCAUGACUCUCCCUCAAUGUGUGAG